UGGGAGCUUCCGUUUCCGGACCGAGCAGCCUGAGGGAACGGAGGGAGAAGAGUCGUGCGCUGUUUCCGCGUCGGUGGCCGUGAGGGGCGGGAGGCGCCGCGGCCUCCUCCUCCUCCAGGUCUGAACUCCAGGCGCCUUACCCACGACAAAGCAGCACAGAUAUAACACAAAAAGCAAAACACGUGUGAAAGGCUUUUGGUGAAAGUUGCAGCAGUUUCAGAUCUGUGGAUGGUCAACAACGGUUUUCUGUCCUUCUCAUGAGCCAUGGCCUACCAGCUCUAUAGAAACACCACGCUGGGGAAUAGUCUUCAGGAGAGCCUAGAUGAGCUCAUACAGUCUCAGCAGAUCACCCCCCAGCUUGCCCUUCAAGUGCUACUUCAGUUUGACAAAGCUAUCAAUUCUGCAUUGGCACAACGGGUCAGAAACAGAGUCAAUUUCAGGGGCUCCCUGAACACAUACAGAUUUUGUGACAACGUUUGGACAUUUGUACUGAAUGAUGUUGAAUUCAGAGAGGUCACUGAGCUUGUGAAAGUGGAUAAAGUGAAAAUAGUAGCCUGUGAUGGGAAAAAUACUGGUUCCAAUGCUGCAGAGUGAAGAGGAAGAUGGGCCCCUGUGCCAGCAAUGUCUUUAAGAGGCUGCAAUUCUGAGAGAGGAGGGUGGCCAAAGAGUGUGUGGAUGACCUAUUUUAAUGAUGCAGAAAUGAGUAAUCCAUGCUGGAAUGCCUUGUGGAACUGUCUUGGCAGAAGCUCUGUAGAGCAUCUUUUGAGUUCACCUAAGACAUGAAGACAAAGAAUAUUGCUUUUUUAAAAAGAGAAACAAA